UGUUUAUACAAAAUGUGCAUCAUGAUAUUGUAUAUACUAUAUAGUAUAUUAUGUUUUAGUUCUACCUAUCAUAAUUCCUAAUUCCCGAUCAUUUAACUCUUAAGACUUGAACUUUUUUUAUACAAUAAAAUAAUAAGUAUUGUGUGUACUGUAUUACAAGUAUUUAAAACCUAUUUGUUUUAAAUUAAUUAUGAUCAUAACACGUUUUUUUGAAGCGUACACAAAUUAAUUUGCAGUGUUUAUACAUACCACACACAUAAGUGAAACGAAAGAACAAUGGCACCCAAAACGUCAUCGGCUACACUUCGCUUGAAACAAGACUACCUACGACUAAAAAAUGAUCCCGUGCCGUAUGUUAUCGCCGAGCCAAAUCCAUCUAACAUAUUGGAAUGGUACUAUGUAGUUAGUGGACCUGACGAUUCACCGUAUGCUGGCGGUUAUUACUUGGGAAGGCUAGUUUUCCCUAGAGAUUUUCCAUUUAAGCCGCCGAGCAUUUACAUGGUUACGCCAAAUGGCAGAUUUAAAACUAACACCCGCCUGUGUUUGUCCAUAAGUGAUUACCAUCCAGAUACAUGGAAUCCAGCAUGGAGCGUAUCGACUAUACUCACUGGAUUGCUAAGCUUUAUGCUGGAGAAUAGCCCUACAAUGGGUAGCAUAGAGAUGACUGAUUACGAGAGGCGUCAACUGGCUGCUCAAAGCUUAGAGUCAAAUGUGCGUGACGAACAUUUCUGUGAACUAUUUCCUGAACUUACCAAGACAAUACAAAAUGAAAUUGAAAAACGAAAUUUGGCUAGAGCUAACGAAGAGCAGUCACCAAGCACGGAUAGUAGCCAACCUGAAAAUAAUAUUCUUCAUUCGGUUGUUUACAAUAGUGUUGUAGUGGUCGGCUUUGCAGUAUUCAUUUACUUAGUCAGAUAUGUUCUAUAUAACAUGAAUACCGAGUGAAACUUCCUAUUCAUUCCCUUUAUUUUUAAUUAUUAAUUAAAUUUUAUGUUUUAAAUAAAAUGUUAUGAGUUGUAGUCAUAUAGAUGAAUGUGUUAAUUAUACAUUGAAAACUACUGGUUACAACAAUUAUUUAUCUAAAUUGACUGAAUGAUCAACAGUUGUAAUCCUGGUUUUUAUUUUAUCAUUUAAGUUUCUGAAAUUAACUAAGGUCUAAAGAACCAUACAAUAGAACCUGUGUUUUCUUUUAUAUAAGGCAUUAUAAAGAAUAAAAUAAAAGUACUGUAGUAAUCCUAAAAUGGUUUUUUUGUCUAUUAAUUUAUUUUUCCGUAACAUUUAGCAGUUGGUCAGAUUAAUGUAAUAAAAAUAAUAAAUAUUAUUAUAAACACAUUUUGUACAUACUGCAACUGUUUCUACUAUAAAUGAAUUAUUGUUAUUAUCUAA